ACACAAACACUCACACUCACAAACAGGACAAGACAAGAGAGGACACUGGAAACAAGGGGGAGAUCAGCAGUGGGUCAUCUGUCAGUCUGGUUGUUUGUUUUUUAGUCAGUGGAAGUUAUUUAUUUGUUUGCUGUGCUACGGUGACAGAUCAGGAUGUCAGGACAAAACAGUGAUCAACUGCACCGCACCACUCUGGGCAUUUAUACGAGCGUAAUGGAGCAGUUCAACCCAAGCUUGCAGAGACUGGUGGCACUGGGAAACAGCUACAUUCAGGCUUUCCAAGCCCUUGCCGUCACCAGUGAGGCCUAUUUCAAUGCUCUGUCUAAGAUGGGUGAACAGGCCAUGCAGACUAUGUCAUCGCGCUUGCUAGGUGAUGUGUUAAUACAGAUCUCAGACAGUCAGAGGAGACUCACCAACGAGCUGGAGGGAGUGUUCCGCUGGUUCCACUCCGAGGUCCUUCAAGAGAUGGACAACAAUGUCAGACUAGAUAAAGAUUACAUAUCGAGCAGUAGGAGGCGCUAUGAGAUGGAGGUGAGAAACCAGGCAACAGCACUGGAGAGACAGAUGAGGCGAGGGGUCCCACAGGAUGGCAGCGAGUAUGUGCACUUUCUCAGAGAGUGUCAGAAAGACGCAUUAAAUGAAGAAGAAAGAAGAUAUCGAUUCCUGGCUGAGAAACACUGCGGACUCACCCAGUCUAUUGCAUAUCUCAUGAACAAGACAGGGGGCGGCCUGCAAAACAGAGCAGAGGGGUGGAAAGAUCUGGUGAAUCACACAAGAGAAUCCCGUCCACGUACUCCUUCACGACUGGAGGACAACAUUCUUGAUGUUAACCGCUGGGCAGAGCAGCCGCUGGGAACGGUGCCCUCUAGAGGCCCCUCCCCUCAGCCCAGUCGUUCCAACUCCGUCUCAGGAUUGGCUGGUGGUAAAGUGAUGCGGGCGCUGGUGCCCCACCCUCCCAAUGCUAACUCCACCCUCCUGCCGUUCUCUCGGGGAGAAGCCAUCACACUGCUCCUUAAAGAGCCUAGGAACGGCUGGCUGUAUGGAUGCUCUGAUAGCUCUGGACGGCAAGGCUGGUUCCCUGCUGCUUAUGUAGGCCCCGUGAAUGAACCACCUGGGCCACCUGUCUCCAGUAGCAGUUCUUUUAGAAGCAGCAGCAGUAUGAGUAACCUCCUCGACCAAACCGUGAGCAGCAGCCAACAAAUAACUCCGCCUGCACCUCCUCCGCCACCUUCUCCAUCAACCAGAUCUAGAAACUCCAGGCCUGUCACUCCCACCCCUUCAGAAAACAGAAGACAAGAUCAAUAUGAGUCUCGACCAGACCUUUUUCCAAGAGGCACGAAUCCAUUUGCCACCGUGAAGCUGAAACCCACCAAAACCAAUGACAGAUCAGCUCCACGCAUAUGAAAGAUAUUUCAACCAAUGGCAACAAUUCUUCAACAGCUAAUCAGUGCUCCACAUUUGACUAUAUAUUGUUCAGCCAUAUUCAAAAAACAUUAAUUUUCCAGCAUAAUCAGUACAAAGCAUCACAUUUAAGACAAUGCGACUCAACAAUGAUUUAUGACUGGUCUUUAAAAGUCCAUUAAAUCAGGCACAGUAUAAGAAAAUGUACCUUUAUCUGCAGGCUGUUGGAGGGUUGGCAGCAACAAACAAUUAAUAACUCUCUUAUAUAUAGAGUGGCCCCAUAAUGUAUUUGGACACUUUGUCACACUUAAAAUACAUGAAUUUCGUGGUGGGACGUAUACAAACAAAUACUGCAGAUGUUUUUUUAGUGGAUGUAUGAAGCCAGUUCUUCUCAGAGUAAACGGGUAUAGAUUAUCACAAUACCUACGGACAUGUUGCAACAUUCGAUUAGCAGAAAGUUUCACAACACUGUUUAUCUUUAUUUGGAACAGUGUACCUAUCACUUGAAACCUUUCUUUUUGUGAAAUUUAUGGCUUGAAAUUGUUAAGUGAAAAAUUUAUUUCUUUAAACUAAAUCCACUUGGUUUGAUAUUGUCAUAUAAUGCAAUGACAUUGUUUAAAUGUGGCUUAUGUGUCCAAAUAUUUAAUGCCACUUUACCAGUGGUCAUUUCUGUGUAUUUUCAAACAUGACAUCACUUCCUGGUUCUCUUGUUGUCCAUGUUUCCUCCAGUCCAUUAUAAAAUGCAGCAGGUUUUUUAUGCUGUAGUUGUGCUGACCAACCAGGAAACGUAAAUGCAGGUCAGCUCAAGUACUUUUAAGUGCUGAAACAAGUGUCUUUUUCAUCGUUCACAUCUUCUAAUAAUUGUAUAUAAUUUGCACUAAGAAAAACACUUCCUAAAGCAUCACUGGUCCUCUAAAUGCACUUUAUAUUUGUAUACUGUCAUGCUUGAUGCCAUUUGGGCUGGUUUAACUACAGUUCUAUGAGGUCUGACCUCUUGGAACCCCGGCAUCUCUGAUAAGCGACUAUCGGUCUCUCUCUCCUGCUCUGUGCUUGAACUUUGUCUCUCGGCUCAGUUAAUUCAUCUGACGUGCCCAAUUACAAGCUGCCCUUAAAUUGGCUGUUCUGUCUGCUUAAGUGCCUCUAAAGUGAAUGUUCAUUUUAACCUUGACAGUAAUUGGCGUGACCUUCUGCGGUGUCGAGCCCAUUUCUCGGAAUGUCUUGCAUCUAAUCAGCAUGUUAUUUUUCUUUGAGAAUAUUGUCUGGUUUAAUUUAAUAGUUCAAUACAGAAAUAUGUGCCUAUAUCAUGGUGAUUUACGUCUAUUAUGCUUCAACCAGCGGAUACUGGGAAAAUACAUGGCGCACGUACACUCUCUCCUGUAGAUAUUGUGAAAUAUGCAUACGAUUCUUCACAUCUUGAUCUGUUUGCUGAACAAAUAAAAUAAUGUGAAGUUGA